GGGCUCGGGCGGAAGCGGGAAGCGGCGGAGCAGGACCACGCGCGGGGCGGUGUUUGUUGUGGGGCCAUGGCGGAGAAGUUCGACCACCUCGAGGAGCACCUGGAGAAGUUCGUGGAGAACAUCCGGCAGCUCGGCAUCAUCGUCAGCGACUUCCAGCCCAGCAGCCAGGCCGGGCUCAACCAGAAGCUGAAUUUUAUCGUUACUGGCUUACAGGAUAUUGAUAAGUGCAGGCAGCAGCUUCAUGACAUUACUGUGCCUUUAGAAGUUUUUGAAUACAUAGAUCAAGGCCGAAACCCCCAACUCUACACCAAAGAGUGCCUGGAGAGGGCCCUGGCCAGGAAUGAACAGGUGAAAGGCAAGAUCGACACCAUGAAGAAAUUUAAAAGCCUGUUGAUUCAAGAACUUUCUAAAGUAUUCCCUGAAGACAUGGCUAAAUAUCGAAGCAUCCGAGGGGAGGACCACCCCCCUUCCUAACUUCACCGUCCUGCUUUCUGAAGACCCUCCUGGUCUUGUGUGAGUCGCUGUGACCUUCAGGCAGGCUGGGACUGACCGCGGCACCAGUGCGGCUUUCCCGGGCCCGUCCUCCAGCCACCCUGUCCUCGUCCUUGGCCCUGGGGGACGGUGGGGCCCGGAGGGCUGGCAGAGCUGUGCCCCCGGCUGCCCCUCUGUCCCCGAUGUGCGUCUGUUCGGUCCCUGAGCUUUCAAAUGGCUGGGGAUCGCACGUCUUUGAGUGCGAUGCAUUUAAUUGUCCACAGCAGAGUAGUCUCGGGAAUAUUCGCUAUAAUAGUUAAAUUAAGUUUUUAAAAAUCCACCUAAUGGUUUUCUUUUUAUGUGCUGUUUCUUUUCCAUUUUACCAUGGUUUCACACCUUAAAACGAAGAAAAAUUGCUUUUAUUUGAGCAAUACUUUGAGUUGGUUUUGUGUUUUAUAUUUUCAGUUAUGGUGCAUAAAGAAUGUGUUCAGUGUAACCGUACAUGGAUUUCGAUUAGACGUAAGCACAUAAUAAAGCCUUUAAGUAUUUA